AUGGUGUUCAAAACUUUGGUGAGCUUGUCUAAGACGGCUACCAAAUGCAGUGCUUCGCCUUUCACACCGAUCAAAAAUCCACACCGCCGUCAGUCAUGGACUGAUGAAUCUCGUCCUCCUCAUCCUUUUUUCAAACCAAGUUAUGCUACCCACAGGGAUUUGACUAUAGCAGAAAACGUUGCCCGUGAGAACGAGGACGAUUAUGCUUCUCACGAUUACUGGGAGCAUUUUGCGCGGCCCCACUCGUCCGUGGUAACCAACUACGUGUUUAUCUAUGAUCCCUCAUUCUUGUCUUUUGACCAGUUUAAACAGAGCCGCGAUCGUGUGCCGAACCGCAAGCUCGUGAACGGCCGGCCAGGACUUCAGCCAAAAGGCUUACACUACCUUUCGAACCUGCGGCGUGACGAUACUGCCGUGUUCAGCAGGGCCUUUACUACUAUGAGCUACAACCAGGGGGUUGUUAAAGACGAUUUCACGAUUUACGAGAGGGAGCAGAUAGCCGAAGACAAGGAAUCUGCUGCUGCCGCUGUGGAGAAGCCUCAGAAUCAAAAGUUCCAGAAAGUGCAGAAACCACUGGAAGAAGCACAGAAGCUUCAAGAAUCUUCACCCAUACAAGUUUCUCAGGAGGCAGCUCCGAUUUUUGACAAGCAGCAAAAAAGUGACCAACCCCCUUCCCUGGACUCUUCGCCUUCGUCCUUGGAAUCUUUUGAGGAUUUCGUCUGUGUGCAAACAGAUGCCAUAACGCAAUACAUGGCAGCUCAGAAAUUCAAUGAGGUGUAUGCGGUUUACCAACACCUAGCGAGCCACGAGAGCGCGGAUCUUCCAGUGGAGGUCUAUGCUGAUGUUCUAGCCGCUAUUGCGAAGCGCACCGGAACUCGCGAGACUAUCGAGGAACAGCUGACUUUGUUACUUGAGGUUUACUCAGCACUGCUUCAGUCUGGCAAAAAGCCAAAUGCUCAAGUAUAUUCCACAGUCAUUUCUUCACUCCUUAAGGGAUCAAGACGCAGUUUUGCCGAGAACGACUCGGCAAAUGGCGCCCAGUUUUACCAGGUUGCUUCGGAGCUUCUUACAAUUCGCAAGGAGCAAGAAUUUGAAUCUGAAGUCUACAACGAUCUCGUGUUUUGCAUGAAUGCUUACGGUCCUGGAAGCCUGACUGCACGUGAAGUGCACCGCAUGUGCACUGGAAAGGCUUCUCAAGAUGGUGCUUAUUUUGUUGGGAUGAUGAGACUUUGCCAGCACGAAUUUUCACUGUUGCAGGACCUCUAUGCAGAAUACACGCAUUCAUGUUCUGAAAAUGCUGAGGUUAGACGGGCCAAGCCAGAAGUGUACGCUGCAUUUGUACAGGGUUUGGUAACUUCUACGCGGGACCCCGCACUGGCAACAGCCUUCAUGGACAAGGUCAUCAAAGCCUCAAAAGCUACAGAAUCACAACUUUCUCAGACAGUUUCGCCAAUGCUGAGCUCGUUUGUGGUUGCGUUGGCUGAUGUUGAACUGGGUCUUGCUCGCGAAGCGGUGGCAAAGUUCGAUUCAAUUGACUGGUUACCAGAUGUUGAUGUGCACUGUCUCGUCCAUCUUGCGGAGAGAUGUGCGGAUGAGCAGAAGUUCAAUCUCGCGUUGCGGUUCUGGACUUUGGCGGUUUCCCGUGCGGACUUUGACGCAAGCGUGUCGGAUGUUGAAGGCAUUGGAAGCAUUCUGCGCGGUGUAAAUGGAGAAUAUUAUGGUGCUGUGAUUAGCAGCCUUGUCGACAAGAUGAUUAUGCUUGAUCACCGUUCAAAUGUAAUGCGUUUGGCAAGAGACGCGGUUCAGAAGAAAUCGCUCGUUUUGCCGGUGCAAGCUGUUGCCAAUGUUGUCGAGUACCUCAAAUCAUGGGGACCUGAGUCAAACAACCUCAUCCAAAUGCUUGUAAUUGCCCAGGGUGAACGCGCGGUGGACAAGAACGGGUUUUUGUCUGCAGUGAUUGACUUUGUCCCUGAGGUGAGCGAAAUUUGCAAGAGCAAGUUUUUCAGGGAUGCAUGUGAGAGCUUUAGACUGACACGUGACAAUGUUUAUGGAAUUAAGAAGGUUACAGAGAGGGCCGAGAUUUCGGAGUAUUUGAGAAAGGUGGUUAGGGCAGAAUUCGAAGAUUUGGACAAUUACUAUGUCCAGCUUCCACGUGAGAUGAUUGAUUUUAAGCAGUCUCUGUUGGGAUAA